AUGCUGGGAGUGUUGGCUGAGGUUGAGGAACCAAAGAUGGAUGGAGUGCUGAGGAGACCAUAUCUAAGGAUCAGAGUUAGCAUCGACAUCACCAAGGCCCUACCUACAGGGUUCUGGUUAGACAGAGAGGAGUUACCACCGCUUUGGGUCUUCUUCAGGUACGAGAGGUUGUCGGACAGUUACUGCUUCAAUUGUGGAAUACUAGGACAUGAGAAGAAGACAUGCAAGUACCCAACAGCCAUGGCAUGCUGGGAUACCACCAAAAGAAAGUAUUCACCAAGUCUGGGAGUGGGUCAAGGCAGACCAGUUUCAACCGUGGGAGGAGGCAAAUCAAAACAACAAGGAUGGAGUGAGGAUGGUGAGGAGGGGGCGCGUGAGCAACGAAACAUGGACAGGGAGAGUGAAGAGAAGAAAAACUCAGAAGAGAGCAGGAUAAGGGAUGAGCAGGCACAUCAGCGAAAAAUCAGGGAGGAAAGUGUCUGGGAAAACCAAACAGGGAGAGAGGAAGAGAUGGCUGAACCAGAAGAGCAGGUAGAGAGAGUACCAAAAAUCCCUGAUUUUCAGGGAAUUAGGGAUACGGGGCCAGAGUUAGGAGUUGCAUACAAAGUGAAGAAUCUCAUUGAGGAGAUAAGGGAAAGAAAAAAUGAAUGGGCUAAUAAAAAUAAGGCCCAAAAAGGAAAACAAAUUAUAGAGAUACAAGGGUCAAGGGAGAUGGGCCCAACAAAGGAGAUUGGGGCCAAAGAAGGGGUAAAUCCUGUUCAAGCAAGGAUGGGGAUGGGAAGUGGGCUAAAACAAUAUUAUACAAUUGAGGAGGGGGAGGUGAAUAGCUAUAGAACUGCUGAGUGGACAUUGGGCCUGGAAAUGGAAGGAGGAAAAGAGACCAUAGGCCAAGAAUUAAAAAGGCUUAUGCUGGCAAAAAACAAAGAUAUACAAACGCAGGAUGGCAGAGUACAGGGGAAGAAAAUACAAACAUUGUCAAAGUGUGAAAUGGAGGGAGACAUACUAAAGAAGCCAAUUGAAGAAAUGCAGAAGGAAAACAAUGAAGUGGGGGGUCAGUAUAGGUUCGGGGGCGAGAGUUUUUACUAUGUGGAGCUCGCAAGUGAUGAAGAUCAAGAGGUAAGAAAGGAGGCACAUGCAGAUUGGGAAACUCAACUAGCCAAAAAGCUGGAAAAGAAGCUGAAUUUAAAGCGGAAGCGGGAGAUCAUACAGGUGCCACUACUAACACAAAAGGAAUGGAAAGAGGAGCAUGAUGACAAGGAAAUCAAGAAAUUGAAGAACAACAGAGCUGUUCUGAACGUAGGAGAGCAUCAAUUAGCAAUGCAGGAUUCUAAACUCUUUAAGGGAGGUCAAAUGGCUGAGGAGGCGGGCCUUAACAUGCCCCAACCUCAGCCAUGA